UUCAACUUCUACUGCUGGUGCUUAAAAGCAAAUACCUCCAUUAAAAAUAAAAGUAGCUCCAUAUCUAACGUCAGGCACAAAAUUUUGCUGCUAGAGCAUAGAACUUUGCCUAUGUAAUUUCUUUACAAUUUUCAUUGUUUUCAAUUAACAAUUUUAUCUGCAAUUAUUUUGUUCUUUAAGAAAAAAAAUUGAAACCCUGUUGCUUAGCAAGUGAACGUUUGUAUCUCUGUCCUUCAGUAAAAUCAAAAUGGGACCAUUGGAAAAAUGGUCACGCUUACGCCCCAUUUGUCAGCAAUUAGUAUUGUUGAAGAGUCAAACUUCCUUCAUUGGGUGACAUUUGGCUAGAUUAACAAGUUGCAACAAAUAUCUCCACUAUCUCCCAGUUUUUCCCACCGCUUAAUCCAUGGCUCCUCCAACUCCAAGGCUAGUGGUGCCGAUAGACUUGAAGAAGAAGCCAUGGGAACAAGAUCUACCUCUUCCCAACCGUUGGCACCCUGAAAUACCCUCAGUUGCCGAUGUUAAAGUCGGUGAGAUCUUUAGAGUAGAGAUGGUAGACUGGACUGGUGGUGUUAUAAAAGAUGAUGAUUCUGCAACUGAUGUAAAAUUUAUAGACCUGUCCACAGUCCAUUAUCUCAGUGGGCCGAUAAGAGUUCUAGACAAGGAAGGCAUACCUGCCAAGCCAGGUGAUCUUCUAGCAGUGGAAAUUUGUAACCUGGGUCCUCUUCCGGGGGAUGAAUGGGGUUAUACAGCAACGUUUGACAGAGAAAAUGGAGGUGGUUUUUUGACAGACCAUUUUCCAUGUGCAACCAAAGCUAUUUGGUACUUUGAAGGAAUUUAUGCCUACUCUCCUCAUAUACCAGGGGUGAGAUUUCCUGGUUUGACUCAUCCUGGAAUAAUUGGGACUGCACCAUCAAUGGAACUUCUGAAUAUUUGGAAUGAAAGGGAAAGAGAAGUAGAAGAAAAUGGCCAUAAGUCCCUAAAGCUAUGUGAAGUUUUGCAUUCACGACCAUUGGCAAACCUUCCAUCAACCAAAGGCUGCCAUUUAGGGAAGAUAAAAAAGGGGACUGCUGAAUGGGAAAAGAUUGCUAAGGAGGCGGCAAGGACUAUUCCAGGAAGAGAAAAUGGAGGAAAUUGUGACAUCAAAAAUCUUAGUAGAGGUUCGAAGACAUAUCUUCCUGUGUUUGUAGAAGGAGCAAAUCUUAGCACCGGUGAUAUGCAUUUUUCUCAAGGUGAUGGUGAAGUUUCCUUCUGCGGAGCAAUUGAGAUGAGUGGUUUUCUAGAGCUCAAGUGUGAAAUCAUAAGAGGUGGAAUGAAACGGUACCUAACUCCAAUGGGGCCAACACCGCUUCAUGUAAACCCAAUCUUCGAGAUUGGCCCGGUUGAACCCAGAUUCUCAGAAUGGUUGGUUUUUGAGGGAAUAAGCGUGGAUGAGAGCGGAAGGCAACAUUUCCUUGAUGCCAGUGUUGCAUAUAAACGUGCAGUACUCAAUGCUAUUGACUACCUCUCUAAGUUUGGCUACUCCAAAGAACAGAUUUACCUUCUGCUAUCCUGCUGCCCAUGUGAAGGAAGGAUAUCUGGAAUUGUGGACUCACCAAAUGCCCUUGCAACUCUUGCAAUUCCAACUGCUAUCUUUGACCAGGACAUUCGUCCAAAAACUGGAAAGGUGCCAGUAGGGCCUCGGCUAGUGAGAAAACCAGAUGUGUUAAGAUGCACUUAUGAUGGAAAUCUUCCCACAACAAAGAAUCCAGCUGCCUUGAUGUAACUUAAGUCCAUGGAGCUAAAGCAAGAACUCCAAUGUCGGGUUACAUUUCUAUGCCUAGUGGGGCUUUUAUGCAUAUAAAAACAAUUAUGGAUGGAAGAACAGUAAUGUGACAGAAUAAACUCCAACUUCGGGCCUUAUGCGUAUGUUAUAGGAACUUCUACAUUCUUCUUCCGGCCAACAAUAAAAUGAAAAAUGAUAGUUGGCACUUGAGUACUUGACCCCUUUCAAAGAAGCGGACCAAUUAUUCAAGGACUGGCAAAAGAGCCAUCAAAAUACAAACGUACACACACACAUGGAAAUGCUAGUUAUGUCUUGGUGAACAGAUGCACUUACAAGGAGAGCUGCUAGGACUAAGGUCUACGCAGUAACAUAUUGACAGUGUUCGAUGAUGCUGGAGAGAUGGGCAACGGAUACCAACAGACCAGAGCCAAAGAUAUAACUCCACACUCAGAACCUGUAAAUGGGGAAAAGAGAAAAAAAGAAAAAGUCCCAUAAUUACCAAAAGGAUAAAACAGUACAAAAAAAAACUGCAGAAGUGCAUAAGACUAGGAUCACAUGAUUGGCCCCUGCUUCAACUGCAAAGAAAUAAAAAUUUUAACUAAAAUAGUGUCAAGACCGCAAAUCUAUGGAUAUAAACUCAAUCCAUUGGCUGAUGGGCUGAGCUUCAAUUACACGAUUGGUCCAUCCAAGUUUUGUAGUCCAGGGUCCAGACUUUCAGAACCGG